AUCUCUUCUAAUGGCUGUCAAACCAGAUUGAUUUCUCUCUCUCAAGCUCAAGUCAACUCGAGCGCCACUGAAAUUCAUUGUUCUUCCAAUGUUUGCUCUAUUUUUUGAGCAAUUUUGAAGGGAAUUUGAACUUUUAUCGCCGGAAUUAUUUUCAAUUCUUUGCUCCAUUGACUAGUGAUGAUUCCAGUGAUGGUAAUCAGGAAGAGGAAUCACGGUGUUGCUUGCCGAUUAUUGUUGCUUCUGUUGCUGCACGCCGCCGCCGCCGCGCAGGAGACAGGAGCUGGAACGAUACCGGUAUCGUCGGAGCCGGAGAUCAGUAAAAAUAUGGCGAUCGCAUUUGUUGCGUUGAUAUCCGCCUUCUUCGUCCUCGGCAUCGUCUCUGUCUACACGCGCCGCUGCAGAGAGCGGCGAUUUGGAAGAGGUUUAGGAAUUGGAAUCGAGGGGAGAGAUGGCGGUGGCAGUGGCGGCGGCGGAGGCAUGCCGUGGAGGCCGGCGCGUGGAUUGGAUCCGGCGUUCAUCGCGACAUUUCCGACUUUUGUGUACUCGACGGUGAAAGGGCUGAAAAUCGGGAAAAGCUCACUGGAAUGCGCCGUUUGCUUGAAUGAAUUUGAAAAUAGUGAUCGGCUGCGUUUGAUUCCGAAGUGUAGUCAUGUUUUUCACUCUGUUUGUGUUGAUGCUUGGUUAGUUUCGCACUCGACUUGCCCUGUUUGCAGAGCUAAUCUCUGUCCUAAACCCGGCGACGUAACAUUGUCGAUGAUUAACUUCGAUCCCGCCGGCUCAGAACGAACCGGUAGCGUACCGUCUCCUUUGCCAUCUCCGUCGCCGAACCAUGUAUCCAUUCCGGUGGUUGACGAUCUCCGUGCCGGAGAAGAAGCGAGAGUAGAGGCAAAUGUGACGAAUCCGAGUCCGGUGCCGACCAGGAGCACCCCAACGCGGUCGAGGUCGUUGGGAUGGCGGUUGAGUGGAAUAUUUCAGCGGUCUAACUCGACCGGGCAUGAUCGAUUCACUUUGCGGUUGCCGGAUGCGGUACGGAGUCAGCUGAUGAACUCGACGUUGAACCGAACCCGAAGCUGGGCGGAGUUGCCGAGAGAGCAGAGUUUGCGACGGGGAUAUCGGGGUGGAAUCGGAGAAAAUGGCCGGUGGAGGAAUUUCCUUCACCGGACGUUUUCGGUGCCGGCGCAGGUCGUCGGAAGGGUUGCCGGAACUGGCCGGUCUCCGGUGCAUGAGGACCGCGGUGAGAGGUCGUUUGCACGGCUGACGCCGAGUGGAAUUGGUCCAAGUACGGUGGCGGAUUAGCUUCGGAGUUCGAAGGUUUCACCGGUCAAAACUGGAGAAAAAAUUUGUUGUAUAGC